AUGCCUUCCCUGAUCUUGAGGCAGAAUGUGUUCACUCUGCAGACGGACAUGAGUCGGCGUCAGCUGGAGUUUGAGGCUCGUCAGAUCCGUUCGGCGAUGGAGGAGCAGCUGGGCUCCUGUCAGGAGAUGGAGAGGAGAGCUCAGGCUCGUGUGUCUCGUAUCCAGCAGAUAGAGAAGGACAUCCUGAGACUGGGGGCACGACUACAGGUUGAGGGAGCUCAGGGGGCGAGUGACAGCAGCGGAUUGGCUGGAGCUCAGAGCUCCAGCAGCCGACUGGACCCUGAGCCGGCCAGUGAGACCGGUUAUUCGAUGCCUCGACGAAUCACCAGCCACCUUGGAACCAAGGUGGAGAUGGUGUACAGCCUUCUGUCCAUGUUGGGGACUCACGAUAAAGACGACAUGUCACGGACGCUGCUCGCCAUGUCGAGUUCUCAGGACUCGUGCAUCGCCAUGCGUCAGUCCGGCUGCCUGCCGCUCCUUAUCCAGCUGCUGCACGGCAAUGACAAGGACUCCCUGUUGCUAGGUAACUCCCGCGGCAGCAAAGAGGCCCGUGCGCGAGCGUCGGCAGCACUGCACAACAUCGUCCACAGUCAGCCCGACGACAAGAGGGGCCGGCGGGAGAUCCGAGUGCUCCACCUGCUGGAGCAGGUGCGUCAUUACUGCGAGGCCUGUUGGAGCUGGCAGGAGAACCAUGAGAGGGGCGUCGACCAGGAGGACAACCCCAUGCCGUCUCCGGUGGAGCACCAGAUCUGUCCGGCUGUCUGCGUGCUCAUGAAGCUCUCCUUUGAUGAGGAACAUCGUCACGCCAUGAACGAACUCGGCGGUUUGCAGGCGGUGGCGGAGCUGCUGCAGGUGGACUGUGAGAUGUUCGGUCUGAGCAGCGAUCACUACAGCGUCACUCUGCGGAGAUACGCCGGCAUGGCGCUCACCAACCUCACGUUUGGAGACGUAGCCAAUAAGGCCACGCUGUGCUCCAUGAAAGGCUGCAUGAGAGCGAUGGUCGCUCAGCUGAAGUCUGAGAGUGAAGAUCUGCAGCAGGUGAUAGCCAGCGUUCUGAGGAACUUGUCAUGGCGUGCUGAUGUCAACAGCAAGAAGACGCUGCGUGAGGUGGGCAGCGUGCGGGCGCUGAUGGGCUGUGCUCUCGAGGUGCAGAAGGAGUCGACCCUAAAGUCAGUACUGAGCGCGCUCUGGAACCUGUCGGCGCACUGUACGGAAAACAAGGCAGACAUCUGCGCGGUGGAUGGCGCUUUGGCGUUUCUGGUGGGAACGCUAACACAUCGCAGCCAUACCAACACACUUGCCAUCAUUGAGAGCGGCGGAGGCAUCCUCCGGAACGUUUCCAGCCUCAUCGCCACCAACGAGGCGCACAGGCAGAUCCUUCGAGAGCACGGUUGCCUGCCGACUCUGCUGCAGCACCUCAAGUCCCACAGUUUGACUAUCGUAUCCAACGCCUGUGGCACGCUGUGGAACCUGUCGGCCCGUGACGCCAAAGACCAGGAGGCAUUAUGGGAACUGGGCGCUGUGGGCAUGCUGCGUAACCUUAUCCACUCCCGGCACAAGAUGAUCGCCAUGGGCAGCGCCGCCGCCUUACGUAACUUGAUGGCCAACCGCCCGGCACGCUAUAAAGACACAAAUGUUGUGUCGCCAGGCGCCGGCGCCCCGUCACUGCACGCCCGCAAACAGAAGGCCCUGUUUGAGGAGCUGGAUGCCCAGCAGCUAUCAGAGACCUUCGAUAACAUCGACAACCUGAGCCCCAAAGCAGCACACAGGAAGGGCCGGGGCUGUAAUGGCACCGGAGGAGGGGGAGGCAGCACGACCCGGUCAUACACCAACACGCCAGUGCUGUCGAGCCCAAAGAAUGGAGAAGGAUCGAAGAGGACGAGUGAGGAAGCAGCGUACGCUCGCCCAGUGUUUCCACCCAGCGUCCGGGCGUCGAGCGACAGCCUCAACAGCGUGACGAGCGCAGAUGGCUAUGGCAACCGUGGAAAGACCAAACCGUCAUCAGAGCCGUUCUACUCAUCAGAUGAGAGUGGGGCCAACAAGUGCUGUGUGUACAGGAAGUACCCGGCUGACCUGGCUCAUAAGAUCCGUAGCGCCAACCACAUGGCGGAUGAUGAUGGCGCGGAGCUGGACACGCCCAUUAACUACAGCCUAAAGUACUCUGACGAACAGCUGAAUUCAGGGAGGCAGAGCCCGAGUCACCGCGGCGGUAUAGAGAGCGACGACGACAACGAGCAGGACACCAGACUGAGGCGGAAUGACGGCAGCGAAUCAGCAACUAGCAGCAGCCGAAUGGCGUCGGUCCAACCGCCACGCUACGUCGUUGUCUCGGCAGCAUCAAACUACGGCGGUGACUCGACGGCUGAGCAGCCGAUUGACUACAGCCUGAAGUAUGCAGGCGACGCUGCCCGCAAACCGCUUUUCAAACAAGAAGAGAGCUCCACCCCCUCCCUGCCCCAACCCCCAUCUUCCUCCGCCAACAAGCUCCGCCCCCCACCUCCCGCCGCCAGCCGAGCAGUGCCAAAGAGCAACCAGGAAUCGACACAGACCUACUGUGUGGAGGACACACCCAUCUGCUUCUCCAGAGGCAGCUCGCUGUCCUCGCUGUCCUCAGAGGAGGAGGAGGACAGUGAUGUCAUGGGGAGGAAGAGGAGGGGUGGAAGCGGCGGUGGCAGCAACGACUACCCGACGCUUCCUGUCAGCGAGAAGGACGCACACGAGCAGCAGCAGCAGCGGCAGCAGAAGGAGGCGGAGAGUCAGACUGCUGCUGCUCCCUCCACACGAGGUCGCCGAGGUCACCACCACCACCACGGCCACUCUCACCACCACCAUCACCACCACCACUUGACGUCAUCAUCGGGCGCCAGGACUCCCAAAAGCCCGCCGGAGCAGCCAUAUGCCCAGGAGACGCCACUGAUGUUCAGCCGCUGCACGUCAGUCAGCUCCCUCGACAGCUUCUCCACCUCUUCCAUCGCCAGCUCCGUUCGCUCCAGCGAGCCCUGCAGCGGCGUGCCAAGUGGCGUGGUCAGUCCCAGCGACUUGCCCGACAGCCCGGGUCAGACGAUGCCACCAAGCCGUGCCAAGACACCGCCACUUCCACCGCCCACACAGAAAACCAAGGAGGAGGAAAAGGCCAAGAAGAAAGACGAGGAGGAGAGCAGCGCUGACGUCUUGCUGCACUUUGCUACCGAGAGCACGCCGCACGGCUUCUCUCGAGCCUCCAGUCUGAGUGCGCUCAGUCUGGACGAGCCGUACAUAGCGGCAGAGAUGAAGAAGAAGAAGGAGGAGGAGGACGGAGGGGCAGAGGAGAGGAAGGAGGAGCCGACUAAACCAAUCCUGGAUGAAUCAGAUGAUGAUGAUGACAUUGAGAUCUUGGAGGCGUGCAUCAACAUGGCCAUGCCCAAGUCAUCACGGAAACCAAAGAAACAGCAACAAGCAGCGCCAAGGAAACCGAGUCAGCUUCCUGUCUACAAGCUCCUCCCCCCUCAAAGCCGCACCCAGACGCAGCAGAGGAAGGAUGUGCCGCCACCGCCAGAGGAAGUGCCGCGAGUUUACUGUGUGGAGGGAACGCCGCUCAACUUCUCCACCGCCACCUCGCUCAGUGACCUCACUAUUGACUCUCCACCCAACGAGGAGGCAGCAGCAGCCCUUAUACCUGUAGCCCCACCCACCUCCGCCCCAAGGAGGCGGGCCGGAUUUCCUGAGGGCGAGAAUGGCGACGACAUCCUCGCCGAGUGCAUCAGCGCCGCCAUGCCUAAAGCCAAACCUAGGAAGCCGAUCAGAGCAGCAGCUAACAGUGACCACCUGCAAGCUCCACCUCUGCCCCCUCCUCUCCCUCCUCCUGCCCCACCCCCUCUCGGCCCGCAGCAGCAGAAGAAGAAGCCAACGUCACCGGUGAAACCGAUGCCUCAGCGGGCGGCGUACGGCUUCACUGCAACAGCAGCAGCUAAAGCUAAACCCGGCUUUGCCUUCGACUCGCCGCGUCACUACACGCCUAUUGAAGGAACACCGUGCUGCUUCUCACGGAACGACUCGCUGAGCUCGCUGGACUUUGACGAGGACGAUGGUGGUGAGAAGGAUGAAGAGGAGAAGAAAGCAAAAGAAGAAGAAGGCAGGAAGAGGAAGCAGCAGACGGCAGCUGUUUUUCCUCGAACCAAACCUGCAACAAAUCAGACAGCCACGGACGAGAAGCAGAAGUUUGCCAUCGAGGACACGCCCGUCUGCUUCUCCAGAAACUCUUCCCUGAGUUCUCUGAGUGACAUUGACCAGGAGAACAACAACAAGGAGUUUGCGCCGCCGCCGCCGCCGCCGGAGCAGCAAGAUGGAGGCAAAGCAGGAGCAAAGUCUCCGCCUCCUCCUGCAGAGGUGGAGUCCAAGCCCCGCCCCCCUGCAGCCAGCGGCUAUGCCCCCAAAGCCUUCCACGUGGAGGACACGCCUGUCUGCUUCUCCAGGAACUCGUCCCUCAGCUCGCUCAGCAUCGACUCUGAGGAUGACCUGCUGCAGGAGUGCAUCAGCUCCGCCAUGCCCAAGAAGAAGAAGAAAGCUGCCGCCCUCCCCGCUGCCAUUGCCACGCCACUUCCUGUUUUGAAAACUGACGACAGCAUUCUGGCUGAGGAGGAGCCUUCAGAGGCGCCGAGAAGCCCCGCCUCCCCAGACUCGGAGUCCUUUGAUUGGAAAGCCAUCCAGGAAGGCGCCAACUCCAUCGUCAGCAGCCUAAACGCCGCUGCCGCCUCGUCACUGUCCCGCCAACCAUCCUCAGACUCUGACUCCGUGCUGUCCCUUAAGUCCGUCGGCUCGCCCUUCCACCUGCCGACAGCCAAUCACAACGCAGAGGAGGAGGAGGCAGAGGAGAAGGAAGCGAAACGAGGCGCCCGGAUCCUGAAACCUGGCGAGCGCAGCACACUGGAGGCCAAGAAGAAGAAGGAGGAGGAGGAGGAAGAGGAGGCGAAGGCGUUGAGAGGCGGGAAGAAGGUGUACCGAAGUUUGAUCACAGGCAAGCCCAGGGCAGAGCCAGCAGCCAGGGGGCGGAGCAAACCCCGGGCAGCAGCCAUGGCCAAAGCUCCAGGAGGCAGCGACAGCGCCGAUAGAGGUGGGUCCUCUCGGGACUCCACGCCAUCCCGCUCCACUGCAACGGCCAACCAGAAAGGAGGAAAGCUGUCACAGCUGCCACGCACUGCGUCUCCAGGAAGCGCAUCGUCAUCGUCGGCCUCCAGACCCGCCAAACCCAGCGGGACGCCGAGGAGCGGCGGCAUCCCGAGGAGCGAGUCAGCGUCCAGAGUGGGCGGCUCCACGGCUGCCAAGAAGCAGAAGGCGGAGCCUGAGAAGCCGGCACUUGUCCGUCAGUCGACCUUCAUCAAAGAGGCGCCAAGUCCGACGCUGAAGAGGAAGCUGGAGGAGUCGGCGGCGGCAGCAGCGUUGGAAUCCCCGUCCAGCCCUGAUACACCGCUGCCUUCCACAACGAGGAGACACGAUGUCAACCGCUCCCACUCCGAGAGCCCGUCACGUCCCCAGGAAGUGACAUCAUCUCGAUUCAGCCGCACCGGUACCUGGAAGCGAGAAAACGGCGGCGGGGGAGGAGGAGGGAGCGGCGGCAAACACUCAACAUCGCUACCACGGGUGGGCACCUGGAAGAGGACGGGAAGCUCAUCAUCAGUGCUUUCGGCAUCAUCAGAGUCCAGCGAGAAGGGGCGGAGCGAGGAAGAGAGCGCUGUGAGGUCAAAGGGAACCUGGAGGAAGGCUAAGGGUGGCAGCAGCGACUCAGCGGCUGGCCGCGGCUUCGCCGACAAAUCAGAGGACGUGUGGGUUCGUCUGGAGGACUGUCCUGUCAACAACCCGCGCUCCUCCUCCGCCUGCUCCGCCCGUUCGCCCACUGCUGCUAAUGCCCCACCCAUUAUUGACAGCCCCGCCCCCUCCAAGAUCCCCUCUUCCUCCUCUUCCUCCUCCUCCAACCUCAACCUGCGGCGGAGCUGUGAGAGCCUUGACGACAAGCCGCCUGCCGAACGACAACAACAACCGCAGCAGCAGCAGCAGCAGCAGCAGCAGCAGCAGCGCUCGCAGCAGCGCAGCGGCGCCGUGGCGGCUCGCGUCAGCCCCUUCAACUACACGCCCAGCCCCAGGAAGAGCAACACUGAUGUCACCACUGCUACCACCACAGCAACCACCACAACGUCAUCUUCCACAACCCCCACGCGCCCGUCGCUCAUACCCACCCCCGUCACCAAGAAACGGGAGCCAAAAGGUGGAGAGGGGAGCGGUGGGGGCGGGGCCGGCGGCGAACGCGGCUCGUACAUUGUGACAUCAGUCUGAAACAGGAAGAAGAAUCUGCACACAAAAUUGCCACUAUGGCUGAACAGUCGCCACCAUGGAGGAAGUGUAAAUAUGGAGAAACAACAGGAAGUGGUUGUUUGUGAACUGAACUGUACAGGAAGUCAGUCUGUAUUUAAGUGCUAGCCCCGCCCCCUUGCCGCCCUCCUCUUCCUUGAUUGGCUCCUCUUACCUGUCUGUCAAGCUUCUUUAAUCAGCGAGAGAAAACUUUAAAAAUGAACUUUUUAUGUUUUUAUACCACUAAAACGAUGUGUAGCGCUUAGCUCCGCCCCUCUGCCUGUCCCUGCAUGGUCCCACCCCCUCCCUUAAUGAUGACAGUUACCAUGGUGACAUAAAGAUGAUGAUGACAGUAAUGUUUCUGCUAGCUGUAGCGUCCAAGAUGAUUUUCCUGUUUUGUUGAAAGGAGUUUGAUUCUGAACAAACGUCGUCUCUAGAAACGGAUUCUGAACGUCUCAGAUGUCAGUUUGGUUUAAAACCGGCGUCGGUCUCAGAUCUGACUGCAGCAGCAGACCAUCUGACGGACUGGAUCUGCUGCUCCAGGCCACACGUUUGUUCAGAAGCUCUCUGCUGUGUUUGUCUGGAGGAAGUCUGCCGACUGAACAGUUUGUGGAUUCUUGAACUUCCUGGUGAAUUUUGGGGAUUUCGCGAUUCCGGAGAUAUUCGCCCGCCGGCUGAGAACCUCCUGCUCUGUCGCCUUGGAAACACAUAACACUGUAAAACCUAAGUUAUUGCUGUAAACCUGAAAACCUUUUAACUUUGAAGCACAUAAUUUAAAACAGAUUUUUGCCAAAAAGUUUUCAGCGUUCUGUCGAUGGCUGUAAGAUGAUUUUCACUGUUUACUGUCGCUGCUGGACGAAAUGGCUCGAAGGCAAAAACCUUUUAUGUUAAACUGAAGAUGAACAAUAAAAUUCAACACUUGA